CUCAAUAACAAUAACCACCACAGAGUAAAAAUGGAAGGAACAAUGAAGUGCUCAGCCAAUUACGUCCCGCUUUCUCCGAUCAGCUUCCUUGAGAGAGCUGCUGUCACCUUCGGCAACAAAACCUCCGUCGUGUAUGGUGAUAUUCACUACACAUGGCACCAAACACGUGACCGUUGCGUCCGCCUCGCCUCUGCUCUGUCCGACCUUGGUCUCUCCCGCCAUGACGUCGUGGCUGCUUUGGUGCCAAACAUUCCUGCGUUAUGUGAGCUACACUUUGGAGCUCCGAUGGCUGGAACCGUUCUUUGCGCGUUAAACACUGGUUACGAUUCCAAGAUGGUUGCGAUGGCACUUGAAAAAACGAAGCCAAAAGUCUUAUUCGUUGACUAUGAGCUCAUCUCCGUUGCUGAGGAAUCUCUCAGUCUCCUCUCAGACAUUGAAGAACGACCCCUCAUCAUCACAGUCACAGAAAAUUCAACAGAGAAAUCAAAACACGUGGAAUACGAGGAUUUUAUCUCCUCCGGAAACCAUGCUUUCGAACCUCUAGGACCAGUUGACGAGUGUGAUCCAAUCGCGCUCAAUUUCACAUCCGGAACCACAGGGACGCCCAAAUGUGUCGUCUAUAGUCACCGCGGCGCGUACCUAAACGCUGUUGCUGUUGGUGUUACCAAUGAGAUGAAACCAAUGCCGGUUUAUCUCUGGGCAGUUCCGAUGUACCAUUGUAGUGGGUGGUGCUCUGUUUGGACUGUUGCAGCUUUUGGAGGAGUCAACGUCUGUCUCAGGGAAGUCAACGACGUGGUUAUAUUUGAUAGUAUCGUGAAGCACAAGGUGACUGACUUUGGUGGCUCGCCUGCGGUUCUCAACAUGAUUGCCAAUGCGCCUGACUCUGUCAAGAAGUCGUUCUCAUGGACCGUACAGGUUAUGAGCGGAGGAUCCUCGCCUCCUGAGGUCAUUUUGAAACUCAAGAAGCUAGGAUUCAAAGUGAUGAUGGCUUUCGGAUGUUCGGAGGCGUAUGGAAUAGGAACAGCUUGUUUGUGGAUGCCCGAGUGGGAGACUCUACCUGAAGAAGAGUGUAUAAGGCUCAAGGCAAGAGAUGGUGUCAACUAUUUCGCCAAGGAAGUUGUCGAUGUGUUGGACCCAACCACCAUGAAACCGGUUCCGCACGACGGAAAGACCAUCGGGGAGAUAGUUCUCCGGGGAAAUACUGUCAUGAGCGGUUACUACAAGAACAAGGAAGCCACUGAAGCGGCUUUUCGAGGUGGAUGGUACUGGACUCGCGACAUGGCUGUUAUAGAUCAUGAUGGAUACAUAUAUUGGAAAGAGAGGUCACAAGAUGUUAUAACAUGCGGAGGAGAAAUUGUGGGGUCAAAGGAGAUCGAAGGGCUUCUCCAUAGUCACCCGGCGGUUUAUGAUGCAGCGGUAGUUGGUCGAACGGACGAAGCUUUAGGAGAGUCGAUGUGUGCUUUCGUGAAGCUCAAGGAAGGAGCUGAAGCGAAAGAGGAAGAGAUCAUUGAGUUCUGUAAGAGAAAGAUCGGGCACAAGAGCAUGAAGAUGGUUCCAAAGACUGUAGUUUUCACGGAUAUUCCUAGGACUUCCACUGGGAAGACUCGGAAGAAUGUUCUGAGAAAUAUGGCCAAGGAUAUGGGUUAUAUUCCAUUGAAAGCUGUGGAGUAAAUGAUUGUUAUCAUCGAAUAAACAUCUAGUUAUAUAUGUAAUCUUGACAUGUAUAAAAAAUAAUAAAAUUUUCCUUUCUA